GUUGACAUCGCCAUGGCGUGGCUGGUGCUGCUGGGCACACUGCUGUGCAUGCUGCGCGUCGGUUUAGGCACCCCCAAGAGUUUACCACCCCCCGCACCCCACAACUGCCCCGACAAAUGCGUCUGUGCUGCCGACCUGCUGAGCUGUGCAGGCCUUGGGCUGCAGGAUGUACCGGCUGCGUUACCCGCCACUGCUGCAGACCUCGACCUCAGCCACAACGCUCUCCAGCGCCUGCGCCCGGGCUGGUUGGCGCCCCUCUCCCAGUUGCGUGCUCUGCGCCUAGGCCACAACGAGCUCGGCACACUGGGUCGUGGUGUCUUUACUAAUGCCAGCGGCCUGCAGCUGCUUGACCUAUCGUCUAAUGCUUUGCGCACACUUGGCCGCCACGACCUGGAUGGGCUAGGGGCAUUGGAGAUGCUGCUUCUGUUCAAUAACCGCCUGGCCCACUUGGACGAACAUGCCUUUCAUGGCCUGGGUGCUCUCAGCCGACUCUACCUGGGUUGCAACGAACUCACCUCCUUCUCUUUCCACCACUUGCAUGGUCUUGGUGCCACCCACCUACAUGUUCUGGACCUCUCUUCCAACCAGCUGGGGCAAAUCCCAGUGCCUGAGCUGGCUGCACUGCCAGCCUUUCUCAAGAACGGCCUCUACUUGCACAACAACCCCUUGCCUUGUGACUGCCACCUGUACCACCUGCUGUGGCGCUGGCACCAGCGGGGUCUCAGUGCUGUGCGUGACUUUGCACAUGAGUACAUGUGCCUGGCCUUCAAGGUACGCUCGUCCCGCGUGCGCUUCUUUGACCACAGCCGUGUCUUUGAGAACUGCUCAGCUGCCACUGCUCAUGACUUAGAGCAGCCCGAAGAACAGCUGCACGUGCAAGUGGGCCGGUCCCUCCGGCUGCACUGCAACACCAGUGCUCCUGCCAUACGCAUUGCCUGGGUCUCCCCACAGCAUGAGCUGCUCCUGGCACCAGGAUCUCAAGAUGGUAGCAUCAAGGUGCUGACUGAUGGCAGUUUGGCUAUCGGCAGUGUGCAGCCACGACACCAGGGUAUCUUUGUGUGCCUGGCCACUGGGCCCCGCCUGCACAACCAGACGCAUGAAUACAACGUGAGUGUGCACCAUCCACGCCCUGAGCCUGAGGCCUUCAACACGAGCUAUACCACGCUGCUGGGCUGUGCUGUGGGCCUAGUGCUGGUACUGCUCUACCUGUUCAUGCCACCCUGCCAUGGCUGCUGCCGCUGCUGUCACCAAAUCUGCCACUGCCGCCGCUGGCCACGAGCACCCAGUCCUCUCCAGGAACUGAGCGCACAGUCCUCGGUGCUCAGCACCACAUCACCAGACGCACCCAGCCGCAAGGCCAGCACCCACAAGCACGUGGUCUUUCUGGAGCCAGGCAGGAGGGGCCUCAAUGGCCGGGUGCAGCUGGCUGUAGCUGAGGACUUUGACCUCUGCAACCCUGGGGGCCUACAGUUCAAGGUCAGCUCAGAGUCUGCUAGCUCUACAGGCUCUGAGGGUCCUGUGAUGACCUAG